AUGUUUGGUUUUCCAAAGUUCUUUGGCUGGAGAGGCAGGUCUCUCAAUUUAGCCAUCAGCUCACUUGGCAGUCUUGAUUUCUUACUUUUUGGAUAUGAUCAAGGUAUUACUGGUGGUCUUUUGGACUUGCCAUCUUUUAUCAAAUACUUCCCAGAGAUCAACCCGAAGGAAGAUGGCAUCAGCAAGUCUCUUAAGUCACAGCGCAGCUUAAACCAAGGUAUCUCAGUUGCAGCCUACAACUUGGGCUGUUUCGUGGGUGCCAUCUUGACUAUCUUUAUUGGUAACCCCCUCGGUCGACGACGAACUAUCUUUUGUGGCUGUAUUAUUAUGGCCACCGGAGCUCUUUUGCAAUGCACUGCCUUUCACUUGCCACAUUUCAUUGUUGGUAGAAUAGUUACCGGUAUUGGCAAUGGAAUGAACACAAGUACUGUUCCAACAUGGCAAUCAGAGUCAUCGAAGGCCCACGAUCGUGGCAAAAUGGUGAUGAUCGAGGGUAUGCUGAUCACUGCGGGCAUCACACUUAGCUAUUGGAUUAACUACGGAAUGGCAUUUAUCGGAGAGUCCGAGGUUGCCUGGCGAUUCCCGCUCGCCUUCCAAAUAUUAUUUGCGAUAACCAUUUUCUGUACCAUUCUAAACUUGCCCGAGUCGCCACGAUGGCUCGUGAUGCAAGGAAGAGACGACGAGGCGUUGGAAAUCCUUGAAGCACUUAAUGAAAAGUCCCGUGAAGACCCGUUCAUUAAGAAUGAGCUCAUCGCCAUCAAGGAGACCGUUCAGGAAAUGUCUAAAGGGUCUUACAGAAGUUUAUUUGACAUGAGUGAAUACAGAGAGUUUCAUCGCGUUGCUCUCGCGUAUGUCAAUCAGAUGUUUCAACAAAUCUCGGGUAUUAACUUAAUCACAUACUACGCGCCAUCGCUUUAUGCAGAGAUUGGCCUCGGUAAAGGAAAUACUCCGAAGCUUCUAGCAGCCUGCAACGGGACAGAGUAUCUGAUGGCUGCGUUUAUUCCGAUCUACAUUAUUGAAAAAGUGGGACGUCGUCCUCUCAUGUUGUUCGGAGCUGCUGGCAUGUCAAUUUCAAUGGCUGUCCUCGCAGGCACCAACUACCGUUUAACCCAUUUAGGUGAUAGUCAAGCUGGCAUUGGGCAGGCUGUCUUCCUUUUUGUUUUUAAUACCUUCUUUGCCAUUGGCUGGCUCGGAAUGACUUGGCUAUACCCUGCAGAGAUUGUCCCUCUUCGUAUUCGUGCCCCGACCAAUGCGCUAUCUACCAGCGCGAACUGGAUUUUCAACUUCAUGGUCGUAAUGAUUACUCCAGUCGCAUUUGAUAGCAUUGGAUAUAAAACGUACAUCAUUUUUGCUGUCAUAAACGCCUUCAUGUUCCCCGUUGUUUACUUUUUCUUCCCCGAGACACGCAGGCGGUCUUUGGAAGAGAUGGAUGCAAUUUUCAAGAAGUCUACAAACGUCUUCAAUGCGGUGACUAUAUCCGUCAAAGAGCCAUACCGGUAUGAUGAGCAUGGCCAGCUCAAACCUGAGUACCUCGAAGAGGUUAUGCGCCGAGAGAGUAUCCGACAAAAUAGUGUUUCUGUUCACAUAGAUAAUGAUAAAUUUGGUAGUGAUGAGAGCGGCUGA